AUGUAUAAAUCAAACGUUACAUCUACAACGGAAGAGGCAGCCAAGCCACGAGUUUUGCGUUUCACAUGGUCUAUGAAGACGACAUCGCCACUGAUGCCCGAUCAAAUUAUGCAGAAGAUAAGAGAAGUUCUUGAUCAAAAUAACUGCGACUAUGAGCAGCGCGAAAGAUUUGUACUCUGGUGUGUGCAUGGCGAUCCCAAUACGGAUUCUCUGGUUCAGUGGGAAAUCGAAGUUUGCAAAUUGCCGCGACUCUCGCUGAAUGGCGUUCGCUUCAAGCGUAUUUCUGGUACUAGCAUUGGCUUCAAAAACAUUGCGUCUCGCAUUGCUUUUGAUCUCCGUCUGUGACUUGACAAAACGCCUAAUGAUAGCUGCACAGCCACCACCAGCAACACCACCACCACCACCGAUGGCAGCGAUACGAAAACCACCUCCACUGCCAACUAUCAAAUGGCUGACAAAUCGUUGCUGCGUCGAUCAUUUAGUCAACAGCAGAGAUCAAACCGAUUCAAGAUUCGGAAUCGACCGAAAAAGAAAAGCUCAGGCGGAGGCGGCGGCGGCGGCGGUGGCGGAUUGCUGUUGUCGGCUUUUCAAGUAUACUUGCCCUUUCGAUCAAAGGAGGAGGAGCACACGAAAUCACAAAUCAAAUUUGAUGCGUUUCGCUCAGCCGAUAACGAAGACGAGAGUGAGGGCCAACGGCUAGAGUCAAUGCCCAGUAACAGCAGUAAUAUGGAAUCUCAAUGUAAAGACAACCAAGUGGCCAAUGAAGAGGGGGGUGAGUGUGGCGUGGUGGCAAUGGCUGGUGGCAGCAGCAGCAACGGCAGCGGCAGCGGUAAAGUCAGCAAAGGAAAUCGAUUUAAGAGAAACAUCAAGAAUACUAGAAGUCUAAUUGUGCGCAAAUUCACAUCAAACAACUCCAGCUCGAACUCCAACUCCAACUCAGCAGAGAAAAAAACAGGCGAGACUAACAACAAGAUGGCAGAGCAGCAUGCAAAUGCAAAUGUUAUGGAUAACGAUAAGCCAAACACCAAACAGAAAAAAGUAGCUAUGUUACGCACCACAACUCUCUAAAUAAUAAUAAUUAUCAUAAAACAAAAAACA